AUGAGUGACGCCACCCCAAACACAAAUAGAUUUGCUCAGUUUAAAUUGGUACUUCUUGGAGAAAGUGCGGUUGGGAAAUCAUCAAUAGUGCAUCGUUUCGUUAAGAAUACAUUUGAUGAUAUGAGAGAAUCAACCAUUGGAGCUGCGUUUUUAACUCAAUCAAUCAAUCUUCCUGAAUCUAAUACCACUAUAAAAUUUGAAAUCUGGGAUACUGCUGGUCAAGAACGUUAUAAAUCAUUAGCUCCCAUGUAUUAUAGAAAUGCUAAUGCUGCUCUUUGUGUUUAUGAUAUAACUAGUCGUUCAUCAUUUAAUAAAGCUCAAGAAUGGAUCAAAGAAUUAAAGAGACAAGCCACUGAGGGGAUAGUGAUUGCAUUGGUUGGAAAUAAAUUGGAUUUAGAAGAAAAUAGAGAAGUUGAUCAACAAGAAGUUGAAGAAUAUAUUGUUCAACAAUCAGCCGAGGAUGAUGGUAAUCAAAUCAUUACAUCAGAAUGUUCCGCCAAGAAUGGAGAUGGAGUAUUGGAUAUAUUCAAUAGCAUAGGUAGAGCAUUACCCGUUGAUGAAGUUAUCAAUGCAGCUGCAAAUAGAGGUAGACCAGCAGGUUCAAGACAACAAGGUGGAAUUGACUUGGCAAGAGCCAGAAGACAACAAGCCGCAGCAGCCAACAGCUGUUGUUAG